AUGGAAGGCAGCCGGGCGACGACGCAAUGGGUCGAGUACAAGACGCCACAAGGGCGGCCGUACUGGUACCAUACUGGGGAGAAGAAGAGUGUGUGGUUUAAGCCGGACGAGCUCAAGUCCGCGCGCGAGCGUGCGAUGGACCAGACGCCGUGGCGCGAGUACAAGUCGGGCGACCGCAGCUACUACGUGAACAAAGACACGAAGCAGUCGACGUGGACCAUUCCGCUCGACCUCAAGGUGCUGCUUGAUACCAUCCCCGACGAGCCUUCGGCACUGGUGCCUCUCAAGGCGCCCGCGAGCCCGCACGCAGCGCCGAGCAACUCGCCCGGGAGCCCGGCGGUGGUGAGCAAUGCCGCGACGCCGUACGUGAGCACGCCGAACACGGGCAGUGCGUCGCCGAUGGCCGUCGGUGUGCGUGCGACGCCGCGCCCGAUGGCAUCCGGCGGCUUUUUGCCCGUCUUUUCCAACGCAAGCGAGGCGGAGCUGGCGUUUAUGAAGAUGCUGCGCGACAAGGGCGUCGACGAGACGUGGACGUGGGAGCAGGCGAUUCGCGAAAUCGUCACCGAGCCCAUGUACAAAGCGUUCAAGACGCUGGCCGAGCGCAAGGCCGUCUUUACCAAGUACGUCGACCGCCUGCGCCAGAUGCGCGCCGAAGAGCGCACGGAAAAAGAAGCGUCGAUCCGGCCUGCGAUGGUCAAGACGCUCGCGCAAAACGGCGGCCUGAAGCCGUACGCGUCGUUCGCGACGUUCAAGAAAAAGCUCUCGGCCUACUCCUUCUGGGAGGACCUCGAGGGCGACGAGGAGCUCGCGAUGCACCUCUAUGAAUCCAUCCGCAAAGACGCGCGUGACAGGCACGAUGCUGCCGAGCAGAGCGCGCGCGAGCGCAGCCAUGCAUCGCUUGCAGCGUUCCUCAAGACCAUCGAUAUGGAGGCGACGACGCGCUGGCGCGACGCGCACCGCACGAUCGUCGAGUCGAACGAGUACAAAGAGGACAAGCAGCUGCAGGCCAUGUCCACGCAAGAGAUGCUCUCCGUCUUUCAAGAGCACAUGAAAGAGAUCGAGGCGCAGGCGCAGUCGGUCCUCGACGAAGAAAAGCGCAAGCGCGCCCGUGCCGGCCGCCUCGCCCGCGACGGUUUCCGCGAGCUGCUCCAGGAGCAGAUCGCCCAAGGCGCCAUGACCGCACGCAGCACCUGGGCGGCAUUCGUGCCCAAGAUCCGCGACGAUGCGCGGCUGCAGGCGCUUCUUCCCAUCCCCGGCUCCACGCCGCAGCAGCUCUUUUAUGACGCGCUCGACGAGCUCGAGCGUGGCUUUGCUAAGCACAUGAAGAGCGUCCAGGAGCAUCUGCAGCGCCAUCCGAUCACCAUCGACGAGGCGCACUGGCCCGCGUUCCUCGCGGCGCUGCACGCGGACGACGCGCCGCCGGCCAUCCAGUCGCUCCCCGAGCACGAGGUGCGCGAGCUCUUUGACGAGCUGCUCUACCAGUCCCAGCGCGACGCCCGCGACGCGCGGCGGCGCACCGAGCGCCGUCUGCGCCACCACGUGGACGAUCUGCGCUACGCUAUGAAAAAGGUCGUGCCCCCCCUCGACAUUGACGCGAGCUAUGAGGUGGUCCGGCCGCGCCUCGAGACGUUGCCCGAGUGGCAGGAGCUGCAGCGCGUCGACGCGAGCGGCGACGCGGCGCGGGGCGCAUGGGACAAGUUUGCGCGCCGCGAGCACGAGAAGCGCCACGACACCCGCGUCAGGACCGACUACCGCGACCUGGACGAUACCAGCGAGGAGCGCAAGCGCAAAGACGCCCCGUCCGCCCUCGAGCCCCCCCCCGAUGCGCCGCAGGACCCCCGCGCGGUGCGGCGGCGCAUGCGCUACGACCCCGAUCCAUAG